UCCAAGCGUGAAAACGGAAACGACAUUGAUACAGUUCUGGGCCGCCAGCAUUCAUUUCAAUAGUUAAUUUGUGACGAAAUCAGAAACAACAAUGGGAGUGGAAACAAUGCGAAUGGUUUCACGAAUUAGUGAGGUCGACGAUGACCAAAAUAGUUGACGAACAUAGUGAAGCCGAAAAAAGGAAACAACUUGUGUCGUCAUGAUCAUUUAAUUAGAGCAAUGCGCCAAUUACUGCCGACCAAAACAUUUUCUACGUUAUUGGGUACAAACAGUGUCUGCAGGAUCGAUUCUGAGUGUCCAUCGAACGCAUACUGUGAACAUUACAAUCCACCCACAGGAUUCGGCGUAUGUUCCUGUCUGCAGGGCCAUUUUAUACUAACACAUAACUAUACACGAGAGUGUAUUCGAUUCGCAGCCGCCAUAGGCGAUUACUGUCAGUAUGAUGAUCAGUGCCAGUACCUACUAAGUACAGACUCCGAAUGUCGGGCCAAUUCAUGUCAAUGCCGCGAAGGAACCCACUAUGUCGAGCGGGAGCGGCGCUGUUACAAAACCAGUUACCUUGGUCAGUAUUGCCGAUUGUCGAACAAUUGCCUCGGCGAUGAUACGUACUGCCGCAACGGCAUAUGUGUGUGCGCAUUGGGGAAGCAUCCCAAUUCAGGACGCAACCUAUGCUUACCGGAUGUGUAUCUGGGUGAAAAGUGCUUCCGAGACGAGGAAUGUGUAACAGAACACUCCCGAUGUGAGAACGUUUGCCGCUGUCGGGUUAGUCAUAUUUUAAAUCGAGAACGGAAUCAAUGUUUACCCAUUGCCCGAAAACUGCACGAUCUGUGCGAAGAAGAUCUACAGUGCCUUUAUAAUAUUCCAUUCUCUAGAUGUGAGAUAAUAACAACGCAAAACGACGAGAGUAUAGGCAACUGUUCUUGCGCCAGCGGAUAUCACGAGAUCGAUUAUAAAUGUUAUACCGCCGUAUACAUCAACGGUAUUUGUGAAGUGGAUGAAAACUGCGCAACCAAUCCGGAUACGAUUUGCAUCAACGGUCGAUGUCGUUGUGCGCAUCACAUGCUGGAAAUCGAUGGCCAGUGCUCAACCGCCGCCAGACAUCUACUGCUUCCAAUACAAAUAAUCGUACUGCUGGGAAUCAAAAUCGUUCUUCGUUAUGGUGUUUCGUUGUUAUAGUUUUAACCGUGCUGUUGAGAUAGUUCUAUUUAUUUUUUUUUUUUUUUAAUUACAUUAAGGCUAUAUAAUAUUAUCUUCUGCAAACGCUUGUGAUGACCAAAUACAGUCCAAUAUUAUUAUGUAAAAAUUCGAGAAAAUACAAAUCCUAUUAGCACAAA